AUGGUUGCUGUUGAAACGGUCUCUGAAGGUCUCAGAAAAUUAGAUGUGAACGGCAAACCUAUCAGAAAAGUUGCUGGAAAUGCGAGAGUUGUUUUGGGAGACAUUACACCCCAUAAUAUAUUGGUGAGUCAGAUUAAUUUUUUUUCGAUUUUGUUGCUAAAAUUUAAUUUUUUCAGCAACUUAAAGCAUUGCACAAUGCGAUUUUCCCGUUCAACUACAACGACAAAUUCUACACCGAGGUUGGUUAAAAUACUUUUAUUGAUAACAAAAAAUAUCGAUUUCGAAAUAGAAAUUGAAAACGAUUAUUUCUAGGUUAGAGGAUCUGGAGAGCUCACAAGACUAGCAUAUUUCAAUGAUGUUGUUGUUGGUGCUGUUACUUGUAGAAUUAACAAUUCAACCGACAAAAAGUCGUUGUAUAUUAUGACUUUCGGUGUUCUGCCAGUUUACAGACAGUGAGUUGAAUAAUCUUAUUCCUAUUCAUACCCAAGAUCAUUUUCAGGUUUGGAAUUGGCACCGAAUUGAUCAAUUACACUCUUCAAUUGGCUGAAAAAGACGAGUCGAUCAAAACUAUCAGUCUUCACGUUCAUGUAUGUUUUCUUUCUUUUCAGUUUUUGUUUGUUAUUAAAAAUUUUUCCAAAUCACAAAAAGACAAUACUAUCUAGAUAUGAAGCAAACUCCUUUUCAGAUAGACAAUCAACUCGCAUUGAAUUUCUACAAAAAGCAUGGUUUUGAGCAACAAGAAUUAGUCGAAAACUAUUAUGAAUUGCUUCCAUCAAUCGACAUGAAACACGAGGCGUAUUCACUUGUCAAAAAAAUUCGAGAUUAG